AUGGCGGAAGGAGGAGGAGGAGAAGAGGAAGGAUGUAGAGGCCACAGAGCGGCGGAGGAAGAAGAAACAAAGGAGGAAGAGCGAUGGCAGAAGGAGGUGGAGGCAGGAAUGAAGGAAGUGAUGGAGGCUGUGAAGGAGAUGAAGAUGGGGAUGAAGGGGUGGAAGGAGGGGAUGCUAAGUGAGGUGGAAAAGCGGCUGUCAGUAGUUCUGAGAUUGGACGCAGAGCGGCGGCAAAAGGAGGAGCAGGGUAGGAAGGCAACGGAGGGAGAUCGACGACAGAAGGAGGAUGCGCAGAGGAAGGAGGCUGAAGAGGACGAUCGGGAGGAAAGGGAGAAACAACAGGAGAAGGAGCACCAGCAAAAUGAGGAGGCGCAGAGGAAGGAGGCAGAGGAAGCAGAGCAGGGUGGAGAGGGAGAAACAGCAGGAGAUGGCGCGCCUGCAGAAGGAGGAGGCGCAGCGGAAAGAUGCAGAGGAGGCCGAGAGGCAGGAGAGGGAGAAACAGCAGGAGAUGGCGCGCCUGCAGAAGGAGGAGAGGUUAGGAAGGAGGCAGAGGAGGUAGAGCGGCGUCAGAGGGCGAAACAGCAGGAAUUGGACCGCCUGCAGAAGGAGGAGGCGCAGAAGGAGGCAGAGGAGGCCGAGCGGCAGCAGCGGGCGAAACAGCAGGAGAUGGAGCGCCUGCAGAAGGAGGAGGCGCAGAAGAAGGAGGCAGAGGAGGCCGAGCGGCAGCAGCGGGCGAAACAACAGGAGAUGGAGCGCUUGCAGAAGGAGGAGGUGCAGAAGGAGGCAAAGGAGGCCGAGCGGUGGCAGAGGGCGAAAUAG